AUGAGAAAACGGCUGCGCCAUCGACAAGCCUGUGACGAAUGCAAUCGCCGCCAUAUAAAAUGUGACGGGAAAGGGCCUGCUUGUAGCCCGUGCAUCGAGAGUGGAAGCAAAUGCGUGCCCACGAUCAUUGGUGGCCGAUUUCGUCAUGACCACAAUCCCACCGUCCACGCGUCAGACGCCGAGAAGCGGCGGAAGAGACGAAAGUACAAGAACCAGAUCUGGGUCCAAAUUCCUCCACACUUGGUUUUCAUCAAAGACGGAUGGGACGGGGAAGAUCCUUAUCAGGUUGCUGAAGACACGGAAACGACCCCCUCUAGGCUACAGGAACCAGAACAAGAAGAUUCCGGGCAGCCGACCCAAGCCUACGAUUACCGGCCCGAGAGUGAUCAAUCUGUAGAGCCACGUGAGAUUUCUCCGGCCGAUCCGAGCUGCGUUCCAUACGACGCAGCGAAUGUGCCUUCCCUGCCACUAGACGGACUCCCCCAAAUCCAGGCUGUCAGUCUUUCACCAGAUUCUUUUGUCGGGAUUCCUUGGUGGUUGGAAGCUCCGCCGGACGAUCAUGACCAGGAUCAACAUGGACAGGAACAGACGACUCUGUCCGAUGAUGUUCACUUUGAAUCUGCUUCCGACUUCCCGGGACUGUGGCCUUUGAGGAAUCCCGAUGAAGCCCGACUGUUGUGCUACUUUGUCACCGAUCUUUCGCACUGGUUUGACUUUUGCAGCAAAGACCGUCAUUUUGCCACGACCGUCAUACAGGCCUCGUCGACGUGCGAGACUUUGCUGAACGCCAUCUUUGCCGUGUCAGCGAAACACCUCAGCAUCUCGGGGAAUUUCGACCGACUCGCGUCUGACCAGUACAUGCGGAAGUGUCUUCAAACCCUCAUCCCGGCGCUGAACGACCGAGGAUCAAUACUCGAGACGACGCUGUUUGCUGCAACGGCAAUUCUUCGCCUCUUCGAUGAGAUGAGCGACGUAGACGACCAUCGGCAGAAUCGUGGCCAUAUCCUGGGCACACAUAUACUGCUCCGGGCAAGAGAAGAGAUAGCCAGAGACUCGGGGCUGCGCAUUGCUUCACUUCUGGUCACGCUGCGGCAAGAGAUCUUCAUCUCAUUCUUGACUCGCACGCCGGUGCAGCCCCUGGCCAACUUCCUCCACCUCGACCGCACGACAGCCCCGGCCGACGACGACACCUGGGCAGCACGUGUGAUUGCACUGAGCGCCGACAUUGUGACGUUCUGCUACGGGCCCGGGGGAAGAAGCGCGGAGGAGUGGCAGCGGCUGCAUGACCACCUGGAGAGAUGGGAGCGUGAGAAGCCGCUGUGGUUCAGACCGGUUCUCUAUGUAAAAGAAGGAGACAGUGGAGGGCCGUUCCCGAAGAUUUGGUUCAGCAACGACAGCCACAUUGGAGCACAGCUCUAUUCGGAUGUCUGCCGCAUCUUGCUUCUGGUACACGAUCCGAGCCUCCCCGCACUGGGACUGGAUCGAGAGAUUGCAGUACGGCACAUGGACGAGCGGGUUCGGGGGUGGCGAACGAUUUACCGAGAGGGAUGA